AUGGCUCCUGAGCUCCCAGACCCCACCAGCGACCUGCACUGGUCCGCCUUUCGCGGCGCCAUCCAGGACAUCUUUUCUCAAAACGCCAAGCAGCAUCCUGACAGGCUGUGCGUCGUUGAAACCGCCUCUUCCACAUCCCCGAGGAGGGAGUUCACUUACCGCCAAAUCGAUGAGGCGUCCAACCUUCUCGCCAACCAUCUGGUUGCCUCUGGUGUCCAGAGGGGAGAUGUCGUCAUGAGCUACUCCCACCGUGGUGUUGACCUUGUCGUCGCCGUCUUUGGUAUCCUCAAGGCCGGGGCUACCUUUAGCGUUAUCGAUCCAUCAUACCCUCCUGACCGCCAGAACAUCUAUCUCGAUGUUGCGCGGCCACGAGCCCUUGUGGUGAUCGACAAGGCAACCAAAGAGGCCGGCAAGCUGACCGAUAAGGUCCGCACCUUCAUCGCCAAGAACCUCGACCUCAAGACCGAGGUCCCCGCCCUCGAGCUCAGAGCCGACGGCACCCUCGUUGGUGGCCAGGUCGACGGCAAGGAAAUUUUCGCCGGCCUUGAGAAGGAGAACGGCCCGAACGUCCUUGUGGGCCCCGAUUCGAACCCCACCUUGUCUUUCACCUCUGGCAGCGAGGGCAAGCCCAAGGGUGUCCUCGGCAGGCACUACUCUCUAGCAUACUACUUUGACUGGAUGGCCGAGCGUUUCGGCCUCAGCGAGAAGGACAAGUUCACCAUGCUCAGCGGCAUUGCUCAUGACCCUAUCCAGCGAGACAUCUUCACCCCGAUAUUCCUCGGUGCCCAGCUGUUGGUUCCUUCCAAGGAGGAUAUCCAACAUGAGAAGCUUGCCGAGUGGAUGAGAGAAUAUGGCGCUACCGUUACUCACUUGACCCCGGCCAUGGGUAACGUUCUCGUCAGCAACGCCAGCGCCGAAUUCCCCACUCUCCACCACGCCUUCUUUGUUGGUGACAUCUUGAUCAAAAGAGAUUGCAAGGCCCUGCAGAAGCUGGCUGGAAACUGCUACAUCGUCAACAUGUACGGUACAACUGAAACGCAAAGAGCAGUUAGCUACUAUGAGCUCCCCAGCGUCAGUGCCGACCCCACCUUCCUGGAUAGAUUUCCAGAUAACGUCAUUCCCGCUGGCAAGGGCAUGAAGGACGUGCAGCUCAUCAUCGUGGAUCGCGAGAACACUGAACGUGUUUGCAAUAUCGGCGAGGUUGGUGAAAUCUACGUCAGAGCGGCCGGCUUGGCCGAAGGCUACCUGGCCAACGACGAGUUGAACAAGGCCAAGUUCGUCAGCAACUGGUUCGUCAAGGACAACAGAUGGGCGGAGCUCGAUCAGCAGGCAUCCAAGAAUGAACCGUGGAGAGAAUUUUACAAGGGUCCCAGGGAUCGCAUGUAUCGCUCGGGCGAUUUGGGCAAGUAUACCGAGGACGGCAAUGUUGUUUGUGUCGGCCGCGCAGAUGACCAGGUCAAGAUUCGUGGAUUCCGUAUCGAGCUGGGAGAGAUCGACAAGUACUUGUCAGAUCACCCCAUGAUUCUUGACAACGUCACUCUGGUCCGCCGCAACAAGGACGAAGAGAAGACCCUGAUCAGCUACAUUGUACCCGACAUGCAGAGAUGGGCCGAGUGGUUGGUCCAGAACGGUAAGAAGGAUGACACCUCUGGCGGUGACUGCUUGAUGGGUCGCCUUCGCAGGUUCUGGCCCCUUGGAGAGGAGGUUCGAAAGUACCUCAAGACCAAGCUGCCCAACUACGCCAUCCCCGAGAUCAUCAUCCCUCUCGAGAAGUUUCCCUUGAACCCCAACGGAAAGAAGGACAAGCCUGCACUGCCGUUCCCUGACGCCGCCCAGUUGGCAGAGGCCCGCCCGCACACCGAGGCCUCUGACUUGACCGAGACCGAGCGCAAGGUUGCUGGUAUCUGGGGCUCCCUCCUCGCCAACGUUGACGAGCGAAGUCUUGGGCAUGAUGACAGCUUCUUCGACGUUGGUGGCCACAGUAUCCUGGCACAGCAGAUGCUCUUCCAGGUCAACCGGACAUGGCCUGGUGUCAACGUCACCAUGGCUGUUGUGUUCCGUAGCCCCUCACUGAAAGCUUUCUCUGCCGAGAUCGAUAGCAAGCUCUCUGGAGAGGCCUCUGAGAGUGUGAACGCCACGCCUGAAGGAGAAGACUACUUUGAGGAUGCCAAGAAACUCUUGGCUACUCUGCCCGAGAAGUUCACCCCUUUCGACAAGAAGGCCGCCGACGUCAAGACCGUGUUUCUGACAGGCGCCACUGGCUUCUUGGGUGCCUACAUCCUGAAAGAUCUCCUGACCCGCAACGCGCCCAAUGUCAGAGUCAUCGCCCACGUCCGUGCCAUCGACGACAUCGACGCUUACAACAGAGUCGUCAAGAGUUGCCAGGCUUACGGCAUAUGGCAACCCAGCUGGAAGAACAGUCUUACUGCUGUGCAGGGUAGCCUCGGAAAGCCUCUCCUCGGCCUCUCGCAGGAGCGCUGGAACUCGUUGGCCGACGAGGUCGACAUCAUCAUUCAUAACGGUGCCCAGGUCCACUGGGUCCUUCCGUACUCAAACCUCAAGCCGGCGAACGUCCAAGGAACGCUCGAUGUCCUCUCGCUCUGCGCGACGGGCAAGCCCAAGCAGCUGGCGUUUGUGUCAUCGACGUCCGUCCUCGACCACCCGCACUUUGUCAAGCUCUCUCAGGGAGGCAGUCUCGUCAGCGAGGAGGACGACCUCUCCGGUAGCUCCAAGAACCUCGGCAACGGUUACGGCUCGACCAAGUGGGUCGCCGAGUACCUUGUCCGCAACGCUGGUAAGAGAGGCCUGUCUGGCACCAUCGUCAGAUCUGGCUACAUUACCGGCGAGCAAUACACCGGCACCAGUAAUACGGAUGAUUUCUUGCUGAGAAUGCUCAAGGGAUGUAUCCAGCUUAACUCGAGGCCCAAGAUUGAGAACACCAUCAACAUGGUACCCGUUGACCAUGUCGCCCGUCUCGUGGUCGCCUCGGCGCUGCACCCUCCCCGCCAGCCUCUCGGUGUUGCGCAGGUGACGAGCCAUCCCAGACUUACCUUCCGGACGUAUCUGGGUGCGUUGGAGAAGUAUGGCUACAAUGUGCCCGAGGUCGAGUACAGCCAAUGGAGCAAGAGCCUGCAGGACUACGUCGCCGAGGGCAAGGAGCACGCUCUGAUGGGUCUGUACCACCUCGCAACUACCGAUCUCCCAGCCGACUCCAUCGCUCCCGAACUCGACGACGUCAACGCUGCGGCCGCCCUGCGCAGCGACGCCGAGCUGACAGGGGAGGACCUCUCCGCCGGUGGCUCCGUCAAGGACGAGACUAUCGGCCGUUACCUGGGCUACCUCAUUGCCAUUGGCUUCCUGGAGGCGCCCAAGAAGCCUGGCCAGCUGGCCAUCCCCCCUGCUGAGAUCAGCACUGAGCAGAAAGAGGCGCUGCUGAGAGUUGGAGGCCGUGGCGCUUUGGUCUAA